UGUCGGGCCGCCGCCGAGGGGCCCUGCCCGCCCCUGCCCGCCCCUGCCCAGCCCGGAGCCCAGGCGAACUAGCGCGGCGAGCCUCUUCCCCUCCCGCCUCGGGCGUCCAGAGCCCGCGCCCGCUCCAGUUGCUGCAGCUGCAGCUGCUGGCGGCUGAGGGGAGCGCGGGGCGCGCGCCGAAGAGGCUCUGGCGGCGAGGACGGGGACGAGGAGGAGUCGGAGGCGGCGAGGAGGAAGAGUGAGCGGAGGCCGAGGACGCUUAGCGGCGUGGCGACAGGACUCGGCGGUCCCGGGAGCAUGGGCUAGCAGGCGGUCACGGCCCGGCGACCGGACGCGGUGAACCUGCCGCGGCCGGGCGCGCACUGGGGCGGCGAGCCGCAGCCGAGCGAGCCCGGGGGAGGAGGGCUGGCGCGGGGGCGCCCGGGCUGAGGGGGCCGAUUAUCCAUUAUUAACGAGUUGCCGCCUAAUAAGCCUAGAGCGGCUCUUUAGCCGCGCGGGAGGCGCUCGGGGAAGGGGGGUCCCCGGGCGGAGCGCAGCGCACACCAGUGGCGCACGGCAGGCGGCGCGGCGCCGAGGACACCCGGGCCCGCGCGAGGAGCCAGGGCGGGCCCGGGGGCGGCGCAGACCCCGGGCGCGGGCGGCCCGCGGCGCCCCCUGGCUCUCGGCGCUCGGGGCCAGCGCAGCCCGGGGCUAGUGGGGCGCGGGCCGGGGAGGGGGAGCUGCCCGCGCGCUCCAUCCCCCUCCCCCCCGGGCGGGCCGGCGGCCGGGGGGAGGGCGGGCGGCGGCGGCUCGCUGUAUAUAUCUCGGCGCACCCCGCCAGGUCGCGCACAGCGCCCCGAGCCCAGGCGCCUCCCCGCCCCCCUCCCGCGCUCCGCGGCGGCAGCAGCGGCAGCAGUAGCAGCAAUAUGGCUGUUGAUGGGUGUUCGGGGUGGCGCUGGCGGCGGGAGGAGCUCCCCCGAGCCCCUGCGCCGGCUGCCCGUUGCUAGCUAUGGCAAAUGGUGGCGGCGGCGGCGGCGGCAGCAGCGGCGGCGGCGGCGGCGGCGGAGGCAGCAGUCUUAGAAUGAGUAGCAAUAUCCACGCGAACCAUCUCAGCCUAGACGCGUCCUCCUCCUCCUCUUCCUCUUCUUCUUCCUCCUCCUCUUCCUCCUCGUCCUCGGUCCACGAGCCCAAGAUGGAUGCGCUCAUCAUCCCGGUGACCAUGGAGGUGCCGUGCGACAGCCGGGGCCAACGCAUGUGGUGGGCUUUCCUGGCCUCCUCCAUGGUGACUUUCUUCGGGGGCCUUUUCAUCAUCUUGCUCUGGCGGACGCUCAAGUACCUGUGGACCGUGUGCUGCCACUGCGGGGGCAAGACGAAGGAGGCCCAGAAGAUUAACAAUGGCUCAAGCCAGGCGGAUGGCACUCUCAAACCAGUGGAUGAAAAAGAGGAGGCAGUGGCCGCCGAGGUCGGCUGGAUGACCUCUGUGAAGGACUGGGCGGGGGUGAUGAUAUCCGCCCAGACACUGACUGGCAGAGUCCUGGUUGUCUUAGUCUUUGCUCUCAGCAUCGGUGCACUUGUAAUAUACUUCAUAGAUUCGUCAAACCCAAUAGAAUCCUGCCAGAAUUUCUACAAAGAUUUCACAUUACAGAUCGACAUGGCUUUCAACGUGUUCUUCCUUCUCUACUUUGGUUUACGGUUUAUUGCAGCCAACGAUAAGCUGUGGUUCUGGCUGGAAGUGAACUCUGUAGUGGAUUUCUUCACAGUGCCCCCCGUGUUUGUGUCUGUGUACUUAAACAGAAGUUGGCUUGGUUUGAGAUUUUUAAGAGCUCUGAGACUGAUACAGUUUUCAGAAAUUUUGCAGUUUCUGAAUAUUCUUAAAACAAGUAAUUCCAUCAAGCUGGUGAAUCUGCUCUCCAUAUUUAUCAGCACAUGGCUGACUGCAGCCGGAUUCAUCCACUUGGUGGAGAAUUCAGGGGACCCAUGGGAAAAUUUCCAAAACAACCAGGCUCUCACCUACUGGGAAUGUGUCUAUUUACUCAUGGUUACAAUGUCCACCGUUGGCUAUGGGGAUGUUUAUGCAAAAACCACGCUUGGCCGCCUCUUCAUGGUCUUCUUCAUCCUCGGGGGACUGGCCAUGUUUGCCAGCUACGUCCCUGAAAUCAUAGAGUUAAUAGGAAACCGCAAGAAAUACGGGGGCUCCUAUAGUGCGGUUAGUGGAAGAAAGCACAUUGUGGUCUGCGGACACAUCACUCUGGAGAGUGUUUCCAACUUCCUGAAGGACUUUCUGCACAAGGACCGGGACGAUGUCAAUGUGGAGAUCGUUUUUCUUCACAACAUCUCUCCCAACCUGGAGCUUGAAGCUCUGUUCAAACGACAUUUUACUCAGGUGGAAUUUUAUCAGGGUUCAGUUCUCAAUCCACAUGACCUUGCAAGAGUCAAGAUAGAGUCAGCAGAUGCGUGCCUGAUCCUUGCGAACAAGUACUGCGCGGACCCGGAUGCGGAGGAUGCCUCGAACAUCAUGAGAGUAAUCUCCAUAAAGAACUACCAUCCGAAGAUAAGAAUCAUCACUCAAAUGCUGCAAUAUCACAACAAGGCCCAUCUGCUAAACAUCCCAAGCUGGAAUUGGAAGGAGGGUGAUGAUGCAAUCUGCCUCGCAGAGCUGAAGUUGGGCUUCAUAGCCCAGAGCUGCCUGGCUCAAGGCCUCUCCACCAUGCUUGCCAACCUCUUCUCCAUGAGGUCAUUCAUAAAGAUUGAGGAAGACACGUGGCAGAAAUACUACUUGGAAGGAGUCUCAAAUGAAAUGUACACAGAAUAUCUCUCCAGUGCCUUCGUGGGUCUGUCCUUCCCUACUGUUUGUGAGCUGUGUUUUGUGAAGCUCAAGCUCCUAAUGAUAGCCAUUGAAUACAAGUCUGCCAACCGAGAGAGCCGAAGCCGAAAGCGUAUAUUAAUUAAUCCUGGGAAUCAUCUUAAGAUCCAAGAAGGUACUUUAGGAUUUUUCAUCGCAAGUGAUGCCAAAGAAGUUAAAAGGGCAUUUUUUUACUGCAAGGCCUGUCAUGAUGACAUCACAGAUCCCAAAAGAAUAAAAAAAUGUGGCUGCAAACGGCUGAUAUAUUCCAAGAUGUCCAUCUACAAGAGAAUGAGACGGGCAUGUUGUUUUGAUUGCGGACGUUCUGAGCGUGACUGCUCGUGCAUGUCAGGCCGUGUGCGUGGUAACGUGGACACCCUUGAGAGAGCCUUCCCACUUUCUUCUGUCUCUGUUAAUGAUUGCUCCACCAGUUUCCGUGCCUUUGAAGAUGAGCAGCCGUCAACACUAUCACCAAAAAAAAAGCAACGCAACGGAGGCAUGCGGAACUCACCCAACACCUCGCCGAAGCUGAUGAGGCAUGACCCCUUGUUAAUUCCUGGCAAUGAUCAGAUUGACAACAUGGACUCCAAUGUGAAGAAGUACGACUCUACUGGGAUGUUUCAUUGGUGUGCGCCCAAGGAUAUAGAGAAAGUCAUCCUGACUCGAAGUGAGGCCGCCAUGACCGUCCUGAGUGGCCAUGUCGUGGUCUGUAUCUUUGGUGAUGUCAGCUCAGCCCUGAUCGGCCUCCGGAACCUGGUGAUGCCGCUCCGUGCCAGCAACUUUCAUUACCAUGAGCUCAAGCACAUUGUGUUUGUGGGCUCUAUUGAGUACCUCAAGCGGGAAUGGGAGACGCUUCAUAACUUCCCCAAAGUGUCCAUAUUGCCUGGUACACCAUUAAGUCGGGCUGAUUUAAGGGCUGUCAACAUCAACCUCUGUGACAUGUGCGUUAUCCUGUCAGCCAAUCAGAAUAAUAUUGAUGAUACUUCGCUGCAGGACAAGGAAUGCAUCUUGGCGUCACUCAACAUCAAAUCUAUGCAGUUUGAUGACAGCAUCGGGGUCUUGCAGGCUAAUUCCCAAGGGUUCACACCUCCAGGAAUGGAUAGAUCCUCUCCGGAUAACAGCCCAGUGCACGGGAUGUUACGUCAACCGUCCAUCACAACUGGGGUCAACAUCCCCAUCAUCACUGAACUAGUGAAUGAUACUAAUGUUCAGUUUUUGGACCAAGACGAUGAUGAUGACCCUGACACAGAACUGUACCUCACGCAGCCCUUUGCCUGUGGGACAGCGUUUGCCGUCAGUGUCCUGGACUCCCUCAUGAGCGCGACAUACUUCAAUGACAAUAUCCUCACCCUGAUACGGACCCUGGUGACCGGAGGAGCCACGCCGGAGCUAGAGGCUCUGAUUGCUGAGGAGAAUGCCCUUCGAGGUGGCUACAGCACCCCGCAGACACUGGCCAAUAGGGACCGCUGCCGUGUGGCCCAGUUAGCUCUGCUUGAUGGGCCAUUUGCGGAUUUAGGGGAUGGCGGUUGUUAUGGUGAUCUGUUCUGCAAAGCUCUGAAAACGUAUAAUAUGCUUUGUUUUGGAAUUUACCGGCUGAGAGAUGCCCACCUCAGCACCCCUAGUCAGUGCACAAAGAGGUAUGUCAUCACCAACCCCCCCUACGAGUUUGAGCUCGUGCCGACGGACCUGAUCUUCUGCUUAAUGCAGUUUGACCACAACGCCGGCCAGUCCCGGGCCAGCCUGUCCCAUUCCUCCCACUCCUCGCAGUCCUCCAGCAAGAAGAGCUCCUCUGUUCACUCCAUCCCGUCCACAGCAAACCGACAGAACCGGCCCAAGUCCAGGGAGUCCCGGGACAAACAGAAUGCAACAAGGAUGAAUAGAAUGGGCCAAGAAAAGAAAUGGUUUACAGAUGAACCGGAUAAUGCCUAUCCCAGAAACAUUCAAAUCAAGCCCAUGAGUACCCACAUGGCUAACCAGAUCAACCAAUAUAAAUCCACAAGCAGCUUGAUUCCACCAAUCAGAGAAGUUGAAGAUGAAUGUUGACUCCCAGGAGACCAGAACUAUUUUUUUAAAGCCUGACAAACUUCAUAAAUGGUGACGUGACUUUUCUUCUUACAUGCUGAAUCACUGGUGGAAACGUUAGGAUAAGCAAGAAUUGCCAGAAAAUAAAGUAGACAGAUCUUUCUCUUUGUCUGCCUUGAAUAUUGCUUCCAUGUAUUUUGGAAAAGAAAAUGAUUUCAUUUAUAAAUGAACAUACUAAAAUAGUCAUGUAUAGCCUCUAGCAUUUUAAAUUAUUUUUAUUUAUUAGAAAGUAAAUAUAUUUUUCCUUUCUUUUCAUUGUCAAAUAUCUUCCCUAUAUCUAAACAAUGCAAAAUCUAAAUGAGUAAGUGGCCAGACUCCUUAAUGCGUUUUUCUCUUCUUUCUCUCUUUUUCUUUGAGGAGAAUGAUGGUCAACACCACAAUUAAUUGUAAUUAAGGGAAAUGAAUUAUUAAAACAAUUUUAAAAUGGCCAAUGAUGUAUACAUGUAUUUUAGUAAAUCCAAAAAGGAAGACUAAGGGGUCAGGUGAAUACCUGCUCCUCGCCUGGAUGGGUGUGUAUUUUGAUCUGCAUUUACACCAGCUCUUAAUAAAUGGAAACUUACUUAUUUUCACAGUUGAAAGUCAUAUUUUUGUGGUUUCAGUUUUCAUUGUGUAGUUCUCACCCCUUUGUUCAUAGUUUUAAAGGGAAGUCCUUCUUGCUGCUUUUCUACAAUUGGCAGAUCAGGCUUGUCUGCCAAGCUAAGGACACCAGGAGGGUUGUGGGCACACCUGGGAUGUGGAAGCUGAGAGCCAGAUGCACACAAGGCAUUGCUCUGUUUUCUGUUCUAGUGGUGGGGACUCUACAUGCCGUUAUGCUUCUCAUUUCGUAUUUCCAAGCCACCUGAGCGAGUAAUGUCCACUGCAGGAGGGUCUGGUGGACUUUCUCCCCACCCCCCAAGUCUCAGAGAUUUUAGCCUGGAAGUUUAUAAAACUGAUCCAUAGUUUUACUUUACCAUAGGAUAUGAGAGGGCAUUCAUUUGUCUCACUGAGUUUUUGUUUAAAGCCAGGACAUUUCUAUACUCAUGGAGACAGAUUUUACUUUGCACGCUCUCCUUUAUUUAGUUGCUGGGGCCAAACACAUGAACUUAUUACGACAAUUUAAAAAACAAUAACAAAAGGAAAGCAAUGAAUGCACUUCAUAUAGACUCUUAGAGAAGGCCUUUGAAAAUUACCAGCAGUGAAAUCAAAUAUAUCAGCCACUUUAAACUGGGGUCAAAAGAUUUUUCUAGCCAUCCGAUGCAAUUACUAUGUCUCAGAGCUCUGCUGUCACUUGCAUGCUCGAUGUACAGUCUCCCGGCAACUGUUUUGUUCCAAUCAACUUAGCAAGUCUUUCAACUUUAAAAUUCUGUCUUUGAUAUGAUCAUCAAGGUCUCCGGAGAAGCAUGAAUGUGAUAGUGAUUUCUACUUUCUUCAAAAAUGUAAACUGUGGACACUUAAAGGAUCCAAGCUAACUGAAGUAUCCCCCCAAAGUUUCAUGAUAUCUAGUCCAUUAACUCUUUGGGCCAUGACCUGUGGUACCUAGUUAAGGUAGUGCAAAUCAGAUCAGAGCAAAGCAGUGAGAUCACCAUGAAGACAUACGUCCACUAAGUACUCCAAUUACCAACGUAGGCAAAAUGAGCUUCCACCUCUGUCCACUCCCUGCAGAGCCAAUAUAGUCGUGCUUCCACCUUGUAGGCAUUGUCCUGCAGUGACUUGUCGGACUGUGAUUACUCUGUCGUCACAUUUUGUAGAAUUAGUUCUAUAAAAGUAUUGUGAAUAUAAUGUAUGUCCAAUUGGAUUGUUUAAAAACUACUUAUAAUUAAUCACUAGCCUACUCAGCAGACUAAAAUGAUGUCAACAGUCUAUAUUCGGGCUUAUAAACAUUUCUUGGUUUCCAACAGAACUCAAAUGUGUUUGUGGGGAGAACCUCUUGCUAGGAUUUUGACAACUUUCCUGAAAGCUAGGCCUUCUUUUACAUAAUGAUUUUGCAUUUGGGUCACCUUAGUAUAUUCAUGUCAAUCCACGCUCUUCUUUCCUUCAUGAACCAUAAUGGGCUCUUCACUCCUGUUCCUAAUAACCACCUUCGAAUUUGUUUGAGCAAUUUGGUCUCCUCUAGCAGGCUGUGGUGGCCACAUAAGGGAUCUUCCAUUAGAGGGACACAAGACACAAAGCCCCAUUCCCAGUAUCCUCUCUUCCCUGUGUCUCCCCUAUCGAAGCAGUCUGGAAGCAGAAAUGUAAACUCCAACCCCAUCACACAUCCAUCGAUGCAUUUGUGGCUAGAGAUUUGAAUUUAAGCUUUAAAAAAAAAAUCAUAAUAGGUAGGAUCGUUUCCUACAGUAAAGGGCUCCUUGAUUCAUAAGCAUCCCCAAAAAAACAUUGGUAGAUACUCAUUUUCUUUUAAGUAGAGCAAUAAGUUCAUACUGUGUUGCUUUUGUAAUAAUAAAUUGUUCUGGACUAGAAAGCAAAAUGAGGCAUUUUUUAAGGAGGUAGGAAAAUGACUGGUUGGUGGGCCCUUUGGCAAAAGGUGAUGCCUGGUAAGUAGAAAUCGAAAUGGAAACAUAAAUAAGAUUUGUGAAAUCACUGGAGGGCUCAAGCACAUGCCAGAGCUUCUUCCUGACUUGUUCCUACUUGUUGAGCCCUUUGGCCCUGAGUCCCCUCCAUCUCCACUGCGACAGUCUGUCUUUUAGCCUCUAUCUACCUGAGACCAAGGAGGGUCUUCCUUGGCACAGUCCAUAUUAUGAGGCUCUGAUUUCCCAUCCCAGUUUAGGGCUCCAGAAAAGCCAUUUUCCCAAGCUAAUGAUUCUUGGGUGCUGUGGGAAUCAAAGACUCACCAACAGGGUAUUUAAAAAGCAGAAAAUGUCACCAUUAUCACCACCUUUCUCCUUGAGAAAACUUAUAUUUUUGUCUAAGCAAAUUUAUAUUUUAGAAUAUCAUCUUGAACCAUUAAAAAACACCUUAAAUAAAAGUGACUGUGACUAAGGCACAUUGGAGAACAUUCCAAAACUCUUUCCUCCCAAGUGUUCUGACACCUUAUUAUGUACUUUGUACAAAAAUUAAUUGAUGACUUUAAAUAGGAAAUUAGAAGCGUUUGUUAGGGUUGGAUAACGGAGAAGUGAGAAAGCAUAAGAAAUUUGGGAUAUUUUCAUGUUGACAGGAGAAAAGGCACAAGUUCCUUAGUUACUAUUUAAUAUGAGGGUUCAAGAGCCACAUUUACAAACAACUAUGAACUUUGAAAAUGUUUUUAAAACCUUCUGAGUCUUGAUGACUUUAUUUAUAAAUGAGAGUGACUCAGUCAGAUGACUCUAAAGUCCCUUUCAGGUCUCAGGGGACAUGAUCUAAGUUAGGAGUGGGAACAUGGGAGUGGCUGCCUCUCCUUGGUGAAGGCCUUGGAGACUAUUGUGUCCAGGGCUGGAAUAAUGAUCCUUUUGCUGCAUCAACCAGGCAAAAUUCCUGGCCUUACUAAGGAGUAGUGAACAUUUAUUUUCUGCUCUGGACAUAGAAUAGUUAGGUUCAUUCCUGUGCUUUUCAUGUUAGAGUCCCUUUAGGUUCAAGAUGCAAAUUUCUUAAUUCAGACACACCUGAAGCAUGUUGGUCAAAUUUCACUGUCUGUUUCUUCACUUUUUUUUUUUUUUUUUUUUUUUUUGGUUCAAGGCCCAGCUUCAGUUAAUUCCUUCAUCUCUAUUCCAUGUUUCCAAUUCCUAAUAUGUAAUUAGGGGUUCAAGAGACCCCAAAUUCCUGCCAUUUUUCCCAUGUGCAUCUGGCCUUCAGGAAGUAACCAGUCUUACUUCCCACGUCAUUUCCUGUUCUCUAUUUAUUUGGUUGUUUUCUUUCGUUGAUAAAUUAACCAUCUCUUAACUACUUACAUACAUAAAUGUAAUUUUAAUCUAUUGAAUUUUAUUGUCAAGGAGAACCUCACUGAAGGAAGGAAGGGGAAAAUUGAGGAAUAAAGGUCAGAAGGGUGAGAAACAAAGACUAUCCAACUAAUUGACUGAGAUGUGAUCACCUUGACUCCUAGGAGACUAAGUAGAUGCAUUCAGCUUAACCACUGAGUUCCAGGGCAGAAUCUGUCCAUUUUCUGUUUUGUUCUUAUUUGCUGCUUUUGGAACGGUGGUAAAGCCACCAGUCAACAUGACACUUGAAAGGGCCUUCACUAAUUAGGACUUGAUUCAUCCUCUUUAAAAAGCAAAAGAAACAGAAUUUACUUAAAAUCUUCUCAUAAAUUACCUUUCUGCUACUCUCCUUAUACCCAAAAGGUGGUUUUUUGUUGUUGUUUGUUUGUUUGUUUGUUUUUUGGUAUUCAGUGCAGAUGAUUUAGCAUAUAAAUCCCGUAAUCAAUUGAGGAGGUGAUGAUGCUAUUUGGAUUUAUUUAUGAGAUAGUAGUAAUUAGGAAUGAUUCCUAGCAGUUUGUGCUAGUUAGGUCAUAUUGGUUGUUUAAGUGGAGUUUCUUCUGAUUGUUUUUUUCCCAUAAAGUAUCUAUUGUGAAUAAUUUCAAGAUUUCCAUUAAAAUAAGGCAACUUGGAAAAUAUUUUACAAUUUAUUUCUUAAGGGACCACAGAGCCUAAUUUUCCAUUUUUAUGUUAAGAUUCCUUAAAACACAAAUAAAAAGAAGCCUAUGUGCCCAAAGGCAGAGGCACCUGUAGCCCUACAACAGUUGGAAGCUCCUUGAUAUCACAGCCCCACUGUGAUAGACUGGAGAAAGAAUUCUGACUUAGACCACCUGUAGCAGACCUUCCUCUUUUGCCAUAUUUUUAAAAAUCAUAAUAAGGACCUGAGACUCCUUAUCUGAAGAUAAGCCAAACUCAUGGUAUACAUUAAGAAUUUGAGAAGAAAGAAAAAAAAAGAUAUAAUAAGCAGUAUUUUAAAGUACCAUGAGUUAUGGGCGAGCAUAUGGUACAAAGAGUAGUUCUUUGUGUUGAAAGAAAGAAGAGGUUGUAUUGAUCUGCAUGGGCUGCAAGAAUGCAGAGAUAUUUAAUGCUGGAUGGGCUUUGGAAGCAUUUCAAUAGUCAAUGGGUGACAGGUCUGGAAAGAUGUGGAAUAUGAGGGUUUUCCAGGGAGACAGGACUUAAUGGGCCAUGAUGUAUUUGUAGAAAUGUGAUUUCAAUAGGUUGACUAUUUUGUCUAGUGUGAUAAAUUUGCAUAGGGGAACUGAGGAAAACUGAGAUGAGACUUCAUGGAAGGGGCUACAGAGUACAGUCUAAGGGUCAAGAUAAAAGUUUGAAACUUGAUUUAGAAAGUCAUGGGAAGCCAGUAAGAAUUUUAAGCAGAGAGUGAUGGGGCAGCAAUGGCUGUGCAUUUUUCAGGUUGAAGGUAGUGAGGUGUCCGUUCUUCCUGGAAGAUACCAUGACAAUGCACACAGAACUGAACAUUUUCCUGGCAGCACGGAGUGCCACAGGGUGCACACUCCAAGUCAACAACUCAACAUGUGCAGCACCUCCCUUCCUCACACAUUUUGCUUUGCUUUCUGUCACAGGAUCAUCAAAAACAAUGUCCUGAAUCUACUGAAUUACUAGAAUGUCAGCAACAAACUCACAAAGUAGAUUAGAGGGCAGGAAUAGUUGUGUAACUUUUUAAAACCUGCCAAUCAUACUGUUUUCUAGACAGUAAUAUAAUAAGAACCUGUGGCAGGACAUCCACAAAUUGUAGGGAAUAAUUCAUAGUUUAAACUGCCAAAUAGGAUUUCCCAUUAUGAAAACAUCCUUGUAGCUAAUCAGGUAGCCCUUGCUUAGAAACCAGUUAGCACUCAUUAAAUAUUUGUAAAAGGAGCAGGUGGGGGAGAAAUGAGCACAAUCUAGGUCCUGACAUCAAUCAGUUUAUAAUACAACUAAAGAAAGAAAAUAUACCCAAAGCGCCACUAGAGAAAGGGUAAACACUAACAACAUAGUUUUGUCAUUCAAUAUGGCAGGAGUUGAAACAAGGGAGAAAUGCUGUAGUUUCAAGUGAUUCAGCAAGGCAGGAUUUCUAGAGAAAGGGGGUUUUAGGAGUUGGAUAAGUAGAGGGUCAGUAUUCUAGGUAUGAAGGCAGGAUUAUCUGGCAUGCCGCAGGGUGGGUGAUGUUAAUCGGUAACUGCUGAUGGGUAUUUACUGAGUAGCUGCUGUGUGCUCGUGACUGUAAGACCAUUAGAGGAAGACAGCCUGCCUGCCUAAAUGGGAACACAAGCCACACAUAUGUUGGAAAGAUUAUGUUGUACAAAACAGGUGUUCAAUAAAGAAGUUUUGAAGACAUGUGAACACUGAAUAGCAAAUAAAUAUUAUGGAUUGUAAUAGUUGUAGAAAAUUAUUUGGGAUUGUAGGGGCUGGGUGUGGGGCAAUGGCUGUGGGUCUAGAAGAUGUUCUUUGUUCAGUGAACAGACACCUAAUCUGUCCUCAAGGACAGAACCAUGUGGAGGAAUAGGAAAACAGGAGAAGCAGGCAGGAAGGGACGCAGUGAGUGGAGCAGCUAAGAAAUGUUAUAUUGGUUCAUCCAGAGCAGAAAAAGCUGAGAGCUGUACAUGAGGGAAGGACCCACAGGCAAGAGGAGUGGGACAGGGGACUGAAUGAGUGGGUUACAACAGGCCCUGCAGAUGUGGAAGCCAGACCCACAGAGGUACAUAGAAAGUGAGGAUCCUGGAUGAAUUCUCUUAGGAGAAACUGUAGGCUCAGGUCAGCUGGCAGAUGUGUUUGUGGGCUACAAUCAUGUUUAUUGGGACUAAAAAGGAGCAAAAUAAGUAGACCCUCUUGGGACAGAAGAUAUAGAGUACGCCAGUACCAGGAAAAUGAGAAACAAGAGGGGAAUUUUAAGAAAGAGAGGGCAAAUCAUCUGUGAGGUUAGAGAUGAAAGAUGUUGGAGAUGGUGAUGCAGAAGUCAAAAGACUCAUUCAAAAGGCAGGAAUGCUGCUUCUUUGUCCAUAUUCCCAGAGCUUGUCCUGAGGCCUGGUGCAUGUGGACAAUCACUCAGCCACAAGUGUCACUGUGGCUGCCACAGUGGAUGGAAGCUGGUGUGGUGAUUGGCAGUCUUUCUGGAGGACUCAAGAGGGAGGGAUCUUGAGAUGGGCAUCUCCUUUCACCUUCCUGUCCAUGUCACCACACUGUUUUUCUUCCCUUCCUGAACAGCACAUGCACUGCAGCCUUGGUUUCAGGGGUGUGAAAGCAAAUGUUACAGCCACCUUGCUUUGGUGGCUUUUCUGAACAGGAAGUGUGAGAAGAGAUGUUUUGGCCCAGUGAAAGUGUACUUUAUCCCUAGGUAGGUUUUUCAGUUUAGAAAGGUUUCCUUUGCUUAUCCCUUGAGGACUUCUGUGUUGCUGCUUCUCCUCUGUCUUGCUGUUCAAAAGAACAGGGGUGAAAGUGACACCAAUGCUCUCCGCCCUUACCUGCCUUGGGAAGCACUACCGGGCCCCACUGUUUAGAAUCGUAGCUGGAAAUAUACACAAGGCACUGACACACGCCUGCCAGAACAACCCAGCACUCCCCUCCCAUGGGAUUCAGGGUCAGCAUGGGAAGCCAGCUAGCAGGGACAGGAGCCCCACCCACAAUGUAGACCAAGCCUCACUUCCAUACAAAACCAGAGUCCCGUCAGUCCCAGAGUGGCUCACUCUUCUCUGCUUCCUUCUGCUGAAUACAGCCUGACACACUUUUGACCAGAACUGCAACAUUUCAAACAUGAACCCAGAUCUGCUGGGAAAUCCUAAUUAAAAACGUUCCAUUCCCAGGUGGCACAAUCACAUCCUGCCUAAAACUUCUGGCCCACAUCCCACCACCCAGAUGUUGAAAAGAAACCUUCCUCUGCUUAACACCAAAACCUGCACUUCAAGGUUUCUUUAGGAGGACAAAGGAAAAAAAAGUACACACAUGCAGAGUUCAGCCUACAUGUUCAUUAAGGAAAAAGAGCGUGGCUUAUUCAUCUUUCAAUCUUUUGAUUGUUGGCAUUAUGAUUAUGAUUAUGAUUAAUGACUCUGACCUGACAGGAAUUGAAGGAGAGAAUCUAUGCUGGUGCUUUGAAAUGAUCUACCCAACUCUGUCAUCUGUAACAACCAGUGAUAACUCUCUUGUCUUGUAAAAAGGGUUUGUACAUAACUUGUACAUGGUUUCAUUUUGUAUUUUUCGCAGAUUAAAAAUUUAUGUAUUUGUGUUCUAAAA